UCCAAUUCGCUCUGCAAUGGCUAUCGAUCCCUGAACUGUGGCGUAAAUAUGGGUUGGGACUGUUGGGAAUGGACAACUCUCCUUUAAAUCAGGCGCACCGAGAGCAGCGUCGUGCCGAGGCGUUCCGGAGGGGCGGUCGGCUGGAGGAGGCAGCUGAGUGUCACAGUCGGGCUGCUGAACUACUACUAGCAGCGCUGACUCUCACACCAACUCCCCUAGCUAGACAGAGCAUCACCCUCCAACACAGUUAUCACCUCCGGCAGCAGGAACUUCUCAAGUUCCGUAGUAAACAGCUAGAGAAGUAUGUCAAGGCAAUGGAAAAUCAGCGCGUGAAGAUGGGUACAGCAAGUGGAAGCAGUGGAGGGGGGGUGGGACCUGGUGGGCGCGAAUUAACGCCACCAGGCCCCUACACUGCCAAAAGACCUCAGGCAAUUACGCAGGAAGUUUCCAAAUAUGCUGAGAAAUUUGACUCCCUGUUAUCGCUGUUAAUCUUGGAAGACGAAGAGGAACUGGACACAAAGGAAGAGGCAGAAGGUGAUAAAAGCACUCCCACUGAAGAGGCUGAAACCAAGGCUGGUGCCAAGGAAAACUCAAAAAUCUCGGGAGAAUUGGCAGGAAAGGCCAAGAUGCCAGCCAACGAAAAGGCAGAGGAAGCAGGCAGCAGCAUUGGGGAAGUUCAAAGCCAGAAGAAGAAAAAGAACAUCUUGGUCAUCGUGGAGGAGCUGCGUACCCUGAGGGAUCACCAGGCAGACCUCAUCUCACAACUCAUGACUGAGUUGUCCCAUAUGGAGAGGGAAAAUUGUCAAUUAAAAAGUCAGGUACGUGAGCUUCAGAAUAAGUGCGAGCAAUACGAGGGAGAACGGCGGCGCAUGCGUGCUCUGGCUGACUCCAGCUGCUCACCUUUUGUAUUUUCUCCACUGAGUGAGAUAUCCCCAGACCCCCCAAGUGUUGAUCUUGCACCCUUAGAAAUGCCUCCCUUGGACUUCAUGGAAAAUUUUGAAAAAGAUUCAUAAUGAACAGUGUAAGAAUAAUGAGAGUGAGUGAAGAAAACUUUUUACGUUGGAUUAUAUAUUGGGGAUUUUUUUUUUUUUUUUUUUUUUUUUUUUUUUUUUUUUUUUUUUUUUUCCAUAGUAAGAAGGGCAUAUUUGAUCAAGAGUGAAAAGAUUUCCCAGAUUUGUGCAGUGAUAAGAGUUUGUGAUGUUUGAAAAUUGGGCCAAGAAUUGAGAAGUAUUUGUAAAGAUAAAAUUUGAACAUUAUUUACAAAAUACUGUACCUGUUCUCUUUCUUUUCCCAUUUUUUAAUCAGAACUCAAAAAGUGAACAAAGUAUCAUUAAUUGACAUAUGUUAAUCCAUAUCACUUAUGAAAUUGAAUUUGAAACUGAAAACUAUAUUUGUUUUUCUUAUUACUAUAACAUUUCAUUUGCUUUCAUUUAGAAUCUUGUUAUUAAGUGGUUAAAUGUUAUUAUAUAGGAGUAUGAAGAACUGAGUGGUGUGGGGUAUAUCAAUUAAAAUCAGAUUACGUGAUGUGUGUCUUAAUGUAGGACUGAUUAUUUCCUUUAAAGAAAAAUGGAUUGAAAACUAAUGAUGUUAGAACCAGUGAUUACUGUAAUUUUGACACAACUUUCAUUAGUUGUAUAUCAAUGAUAUUCUGUUUUAAAAGCAGCUUUGGUUUUCAGGAACUUAACCAGUAUGCAGAACCUACUUUUAAACUGAGAAAGCUUUUUGAGUGUAAAAAAGAUGUUUGAUGAGUAUUCUGUUUAAGUGCACUUUGUAAUUGUUAAUGUGACUUUUUUUUCUUAACCCACUUACGAUGGGUAUCCCACACAUGAGACACCCGGGGGGGGAAAAAUGCCGGGCAUCCCGCCAGUGUGACGCUGUAUCGGGGCUUGUGCUCUGACUCAGCAGUGGGCCGCAGCUGGCGCGCAGGCAGACUCCGGGCCAACCCUGUGCGCCAAUUUUGUAGCCGCCCGGAAACUUUUAUUUUCAGCUUCAAAAUAUACUGGCGUUAGUGGGUUAAAGAGAUUUUUCUGUAUGAGUAAAAUGCAGUUCAGUGUUAGUAGCAUGAGAAUGAUAAGCCCACUAUAUACAUAUAGUAUUUUUAUUUGAAACCAGCUUUACAGUCCAUUAUUAUACUUUCUGGAUACGAGUAUAUGUAAUGCUAAGGUUGAAGAAAUACCAUGAAGCAUCAUUACCAAAAAAGUAUCAGUGUCAUGGUUCAUGCAUUACAUAUUAUUCUAGAAUGUGGGAUUGAAUAUACAGAGAUGAUUUAUGUGGAUUCCAUUCAAUUCUGCCUAAAGAAGGAUCAUUGAGCAUUUGGCCUUAGUAAACUGUAUAAGAGCAUUAGCCAGAGAGAAGAGUGUUUUUUGUCACCAAAGGGAGAUAUUUGAAUUGCAUGGUAACACUAAUACACCAAUAUUCUUUAGUACAGGGUGAUUUCUCACACUUUAGGAAAUGGAUUUGGGUCAAGAGUUUAUUUAAGGGAUAUAAACCCUGCAGAUGAAGAGUGAUGGUGGUUUGCUCAUGCACAAGCAUUUGCCAAAAACUUUGUAGUUGGAGUUAUUUUAUGCAGUAUCAAGUUAAUGGGAGUGUAAAUAUCAACAAAGGAUCUUCCAUUAGUAAGCCAGAUAUGUUUUUGUCCUUUGGUAGGUAGCAAAAUCAUCUCUUGCACCAGCAGAAAUUCUUUAUAAAUGUCCCUGGCUCUAAACUUUUAUGUCUUUUGUAUGGUUAACCCACAUUGAUCUUAUUUCAGACGUAUAUAAAAGCUUGCUAUUCAACAACAUUCAUUUGUAAAAGAUGGUGAGAUCAGAAGCAUCCAUUGAUGUCAGUCAAACAUUAUAUGACAUAUAUGGAAAUCUUUUACUUUGUUUAUUAUGAUCAUUAAUCUUGGAUUUUCUUUCCGUUUCUGGUGCGCUACAGCAUGUACAAAUGUUAGGAUUAGAUGGUUAGAUUUUCAGUAGCUUUGAUUUAUGUGCUUUAGUGUAAUGGUCAUUACACUAAUAUUAAGUCUUGAGAAUGAAAGACAAUGAUUUGUAAAAUAACUUUGUACUGCUUUGUAUAUACAUGUUUAGAAAAUUUAAUAGUUGAGUAAAGGUACCCUUUUUGACACAGUGUCUUUCAGGAAUAUAUAUUUCUCUUUCUUCUUUUUCUUGUUCUUUUUUAUACUUUCAGGAGAAAAUCUUACUUGUUUGUAUUUAAAUCACAUUAAUAAAAAAGAGAAGAAAA